AUGAGUGUCAUAACUGAAAUCCAAGGUGAUCUCUUCGAUGCACCGGAGGGUGCAGCUUUAAUCCACGCGUGUAACUGCCAGGGGUCUUGGGGGAAGGGGAUCGCGGCGACUUUCAAGGAGAAGUACCCCGCUGCCUACCGAAUCUUCCGCUCCCACUGCCAGCAAUAUCUCUCCCACCCUCAGACAUGGACGCAGACACAGACAGAGACAGAGACACGCCCCAUCCCCGUCCGCGUCCCGAGCACAGACCCAAGUCGCCAGCAGCCACGCGCUCUCAAGCUGCCCGAGGGGACGGCGUUGAUAAUUCCACCGCAGCCAGCGGACUACCAGCCACAGCUACAGCCACAGCCCCAAACAGCACCGCUAUCAAAUCGCGGGCGCGGACGUGGACGUGGACGUGGACGAGCUGGCGGCGGGGCAUUACGCGGCUCCAGGGGACUGACGGCACUGCCGAGGCCAGCAGGGAAGAAGCAUUGGAUCAUCUGCCUAUUUACAUCGUGGCACUAUGGGCGGUGGAGUCGGAGCCCGCCCGAUAUCAUUCUCGAAAAUACGAUGUCAGCCAUGGCGGAUUUGAAAAGGCAGAUUGCCGCUGCUGCCGCUGCGAGUUCUACUACUUCUCCUGCCACUACCACCACCACCACCACAGCGCUGGCUGCGACUGGGGGUUGUGAAGAAGAACAGCUCGGCGAAUUAUGGGGAUGCAGAUUGAAUGCGGGUCUUUUUGGAGUGCCGUGGGAGCGGACAAGGGCGGUUCUCGAAGAGGCGGGAUUGGCGGUGACGAUUGCUCAGCCGCCGGGGAGUGGAUAUGAGUGA